GAUAACCACAACCCAAGCUAGAGGUGCAAGUUAGGAGCGGAAAAAAUAUACCACGCUAACCUGUUUUAUUACUAUUUUACCACGUGGCAGCAAGUUUAUCCUUAUGAUUUUCUCUCUACAAGCUUUCAAAGUGAAGCGGCCGUCAAACCGACGGAUUUUUAAUUCAUAAAAAAUACAACAAGCCUCUCUUGGCUAAUAAGCCAACUGUCAACAAAGGGGCUGCACAGUGCGGGCAGCGGUGCUCCAAGUGUCGCAGUUUAAUUGAACCGAACUGACAACGGUAACGGGCUGACAUGACGGGGAUAGCCUCUCCAGAGAAGGCGUCCGGCUCCAAGAAGAAGAGCGAGAGGAAGUGUGCCACCAAAGAAGAGUACAGGCAACUGUCCAGCAUCAUGGGAGUCAUGAAUAACCUGAGAAAACAGGGUACCCUCUGUGAUGUGACCCUGGUGGUUCGGAAACACUUCCCUGCCCACAGAGUUGUGCUGGCAGCAGCAAGCCACUUCUUCAGUCUCAUGUUCACCACCAGAAUGAUGGAGUCAAUGUCCCAUGAGGUGGAGCUCAGGAGUGCUGAGCCCGAGAUCAUUGAACUGUUAAUUGAAUUUAUCUACACAGCUCGGAUCUCAGUGAACAGCAGUAAUGUUCAGUCAUUGCUGGAUGCAGCUAACCAGUACCAGAUUGAGCCCGUGAAGAAGAUGUGUGUGGAGUUCCUCAAAGGACAGAUUGAUGCAACAAACUGCCUGGGUAUUUCAGCCCUUGCAGACUGUAUGGACUGUCCAGAGCUGAAAGCAGCAGCAGAAGACUUCUUCCAGCUCCACUUCACUGAAGUCUACAAACUGGAUGAGUUCCUGCAACUGGACGUUACACAGCUCACAUAUCUACUGCACCAGGACAAACUCACUGUCCGUGCUGAGGCCCAGAUCUAUGAUGCAGCAGUGCGCUGGCUGAAGUACGACGUGUGUAACAGACAGCAGUACAUGGUGGAGGUGCUGGGGUGCGUUCGUUUCCCCUUGGUCUCCAAAACCUUCUUGUCUAAGACGGUGCAGGCUGAGCCCCUCAUCCAGGACAACCCACAGUGCCUCAAGAUGGUAAUCAGUGGAAUGCGCUACCACCUACUGUCCCUGGAGGAUCGGGAGGACCUGGGAGAGAGCAGCCGACCGAGACGCAAGAAGCACGACUACCGCAUCGCUCUUUUUGGAGGCUCCCAGCCACAGUCCUGCCGCUACUUCAACCCCAAGGACUCCAGCUGGACAGACAUCCGCUGCCCCUUUGAGAAGCGCAGGGACGCCACGGCCGUCUUCUGGGACAAUGUGGUCUACAUCCUCGGGGGCUCACAACUCUUCCCUAUCAAGCGCAUGGACUGCUACAAUGUCCUGAAGGACAGCUGGUACUCCAAGCUGGGUCCACCCACACCGCGCGACAGUCUGGCAGCCUGCGCUGCCCAGGGCAAGAUCUACACAUCUGGGGGGUCAGAAGUGGGGAGCUCAGCCUUGGACCUUUUCGAAUGUUACGACACGAGGACGGAGUCGUGGCAGGUGAAAACCAGCAUGCUGAUGGCGCGCUGCAGCCACGGCUCAGUGGAGGCCAAUGGGCUCAUCUACGUCUGCGGAGGAACAGUGGGCAACAAUGUGUCUGGCAGGGUCCUCAACAACUGUGAGGUGUAUGACCCCAGCACACAACAAUGGAGGGAGCUGUGUGGGAUGAGAGAGGCCAGAAAGAACCACGGGCUGGUGGUGGUCAACAACAGGAUCUAUGCUGUUGGAGGUCAGGGGGCACUAGGUGGCCUGGACUCCGUGGAGUACUAUGACAUUGCCAGUAACGAGUGGCGCGCUGCCUCGCCGAUGCCAUGGCGAGGCGUGACGGUGAAGUGUGCAGCAGUCGGUGAUGUCAUCUACGUGCUGGCAGGCUUUCAAGGUGUGGGGCGGCUCGGACACGUCCUGGAGUACCACACUGACACUGACAGGUGGGUGACUUGCAGCAAGGUGCGAGCGUUCCCCGUCACCAGCUGCCUGAUCUGCGUGGUCGACACGUGCGGGGUCAACGAAGACGAAGACAUGGACCUCAUUGACUCUCAGUCACACACUGCAUCCGCUGCCCCUCCAUCUGCCUCAGCAUCAUCGCCCCCAUAGGGACAAGAGGUCGUUUCAGUGUGUUUUUAAGUUGUGACGAUUUAUGACAGUUGUGUUUGCCACUGCAUUAGAAUACGGAGCUGAUGUACAUGAGGCAAGACCUGGCUUUUCAGGGAGAGUCUGGUCAUUCCUAGACAGUUCAAUGUGAGUGUUCACGUAUGUAUUUAGGUAGUUAUGUUCUUAAACUAUGCCCAGUAGCCACAUUUCCUUUAACCUUUUAUCUGUAACUUAAAUGCAGGUCGUAAUAUUACAGUUCCAGUGGGACACUAUCCACAAAUUUUUAUUUUAAGGGACAAGGAGACUUUUAAUGAGGGAGGUUUGUCAGGUUGGAUACCCAGACUGACGAUUACAGUCAGAGAAUUGGGAAUUUAUGUUUGUCUCAUUUUAAACAUGUCUGUAAUUUUAUUUUUGUAGCUUGUGAAAUAUAUACUGUUACAGAGUGUAGAUAUUCAAAAUGGCGGCGCGCACGGACGCAGCAGCUCGUGGCUUUUUGUUUCCUGGUCUUUAAUGCACUAAUUAGGAGUAGCACUCUUAAUUCUCUUGUAUUCUGUAAAUAAAAGCUUUCUAUUCUACUCUGUAUAUUGCAUCUAUGAAUAGUUGAAUCUUAGUGGUGUUCUGUGUAUAUAUUCAAUAAUAGUACUCCUGUAUUGCACUAUAACUUAAAACUGACUUUACAGAGAAUGAAUAAAUAAUUUAAAAAAACAUG